AUGGCCACGACUGCACCUGUCCCAGUUGCUACGCAGGUGCCUCUGAUGCUACAAGCUUCAAGCACGUACCAGUAUCAGCCUCUGGGGUCUAAAGCAUCGAGUUACCGACUACUGAAGCUACUGAAAUCUGAAGGGAUGAUGCUUGAAUGCGAGCUCUCCUUGCAGUCACGAGAUGACGGGCACAUUCCCUAUGAGGCUCUUUCCUACACAUGGGGUAGUAGCGAGCUUGUCGAACGUAUCACAGUCAAUGGGAAACAAUUCUGGAUCACGGACAACCUGUACGCGGCCCUACAGUGCUUGCGACGGAGCGAUAGAGAUCGCUUUCUAUGGAUUGAUGCGGUCUGUAUAAAUCAAGCCGACAAAGAAGAGCAGGGUCAUCAGGUUCAGCAAAUGGGUGAAAUCUACAGACAUGCUGAGAAAGUCCUCUUUUGGCUGGGCAAGCCAACUUCAGACAUGAUGUCUUUGGCGGAAGCGCUCAUCCACCAUCAUACCGGGAAAGAGAUGCCCAAAGACCACCGCUGGGAAAAGCAUCGGAACGGUCUGCAGCAGAUGCUAAACAGAGAGUGGUUCGCAAGGGUCUGGAUCCUACAAGAGGUAGCCAAUGCACAAACAGCCGAUGUCUGCUCUGGUGCUUGGUCCAUCCCGGCGGAAACAUUUGUCCUCGCACCAUCUCUCGUUCAGUUGGAGGGAGAAAUUCCACUGCAUUGCAAACCGGUGUUAGAAAUUAUGGCGAAUUCUACACGCUCAGGGUCUUGGUGGGCCCAGAAGCCGGAUUUACGCACUCUUCUGCGCAGGUUUCAAGCAAGUAAAGCGACCGAUGAACGCGACAAAAUUUACGCCCUCCUUGGUCUGUCAAGCGAUCAGCUAGACAUGGAGAGUGUUACAAUAGACUACCAAAGGCCAAUUGACCAGGUCCUUAACGAGACUAUUCCACACCUGCUUCGAUCUACUUCGGCUAUAAGAUCUGGACUAUUCGCCUACCAUGAGGUCCUUAAUCUCAUGGCUUCCUUCACGACAGUGAACACAACCUGUUUCAUAUUCGAAAGCUAUGAAGCGCGCACAACAGAAAUCCUGUAUCCUCACCUUCAAACUGGGGAAGUAAUAAGUAAUGCGUAUGCUCUGGAAUAUCGUUCCCAGCGCAUACUGGUCUCUGCUGAUCCAGCACUGCUCUUGUUCGAGAAGAGAACAGAAAGCGCCCUUCAGAGCCAGAAAACAUGUUAUGAUCAGGUAAUGUCGGUUCUAGACAGGACUAAAAAGCUCGGGAACGAGAAGUAUGAAAAAGAUCUGCAGGUCUAUUCAUGGGGUAGCAUCGAGCAGCACGUAAAAGUGGUUGUGAUUCGUGACCGGAGAAACGCCAUCUACAGAGCUGCAAAUCUAGGCUGCGACCUGGUCGUGGAACAAUUGCUGAAAUAUUUCGUUUUCGGGGACGAAGAAAAGAAGGAAUGGAAAGGGUCGCUGCUUGCAGAGGCUCUGGAAGAAAACUACACGCGGACUGCGGAGUUGAUUCUCAAUCUAAUUGGCCCUGUGGACCCGCAAGAUGAGUACUACAGCAACGCACUCGUCAGGGCCGCAUCCAGUAGGCGCAACCUUGCGGUUGUAAAGAAGCUGCUAGAUGCAGGCGUCAGCGUCAACACAAGGAGUGACUACUAUAACGGGAACAACGCACUCCAGAUGGCUUCGAGCUGGGCCAAUGAGUCAACCGUGAAGUUGCUACUAGACGCGCGCGCCGACGUGAACGCACAGGGUGGAGAGUACGGCAAUGCACUCCAGGCAGCGGCUUCGGAUGGAGACGAGGCGACGAUAAGGCUACUAUUAGAUGCAGGCGCCGACGUGAACGCACAGGGUGGAAAGUACGGCAAUGCACUCCAAGUGGCAGCUUAUAGUAGACACACGGCGACGAUAAGGCUUCUAUUAGAUGCAGGCGCCAACGUGAACGCACAGGGUGGAAGGUAUGGUAAUGCACUCCAGGCCGCAGCUCGGAGGGGCAACGCAGAUGUCGUAAAGCUACUAUUAGAUGCAGGUGCAGACCCCAACAUACCGGGUAAAGACCCUCACACACAGAACACAUCAGGCGUAAGCGCACUUCAGAUGGCUUCUAAAUGGGACGACGAGGUGGGCAUCAAGUUGUUGCUACUGGACGCGGGCGCCCAUCCUCUAGAGUAA